AUGUUCCAUGGAUUGCCAAGUGAAGACCCCAUUGACCACCUUGAUGAGUUUGAUAGGCUUUGUGAUUUGACAAAGAUCAAUGGUGUCUCUGAAGAUGCCAUCAAGCUGAGACUCUUUCCUAUGUCUCUAGCUGACAAAGCUCACCAAUGGGAGAAGAGCUUGCCCCAUGGCACAAUCACCACUUGGGAUGAAUGCAAGAAGGCCUUUCUUGCUAAGUUUUUCUCCACCGGUCGCACAGCCAAGCUUAGAGGAGAGAUAUCCAGCUUCAUCCAGCGAAACAAUGAGACAUUCGCAGAGGCUUGGGAGAGGUUCAAAGGCUACACAAGUCAGUGCCCACACCAUGGAUUCAACAAUGAAUCACUACUCUCCACUCUUUAUAGAGGAUGCUUGCCUAGGUAUAGGGAGAUGCUAGACACAGCUAGCAAUGGGAACUUCCUCAACCAGGAUGUAGAUGAUGGCUGGCAACUUGUGGAGAACAUAGCUAACUCAAAUGGAAGCUAUGGAGAAGAGUAUGAUCGCACCAACCGGAGCUCGACCCACCACUCGAUCGAGUCAGACGAAAAGUUGAGAAAAGAUGUUAAGGCAUUGAAUGAGAAGUUGGAUAAGCUGAUCCUAGCUCAGUCCACAAUGAAGAAAGUCAACUUUGUGUCUGCUGAGGAGAUGGAACCAGUCCAAGAAGGGGAGGAUACACAAUUUGCUGAGGUGUGCUACAUGAGCAAUGGGCAAGGAGGUUACAACAAAGGAUACUAUAAUUACAAGUCCAACCCUGCCAUGUCAUACCGCAACACUGAUGUUGCUAACCCUCAGGACCAAGUAUAUCCUCAACAACAAGCAGCUCGAUCGAGUCAGGUGCCACAACAUGGGCUUCCCCACCAACCGCCCCAGCCUGCACCUUCACAAGAGAAUGAGCUCAAGGCAAUGCUAAAGCAACUACUUCAAGGGCAAGCUGAUGGGGUAGUGGACACAAGCAAGAAGCUAGCUGAAAUAAACUCUAAGAUCGAGAACCUCAACACAAGGGUUUACUCUCUGGAGAAUCAUGCUUCUUCUGUUGCUGCUGCUACAAAGCAAGGACAACUACCUGGUAAAGCUAUUCAGAACCCCAAGGAACAGUGCAAGGUCAUCUUCACUCAAGAAGGACUUGUUGAAGAAGAGGAUCAAGAAAGGGUCAUUGAAGAUUUUUGUUUACUGCUGAAUGAUGAAGAGAUUGUUGCUGCUGAGGCUCCUGGAGUCCAGAUUGAUCAACCAGAAGUGCAGGCACCUACUGUGGCCAUUCACACUUCACCAGUUGAGCUCGCACGACAAGCUCGAUCGGCAGCUCGAUCGAGUCCAACUCUAGCUCGAUCGAGUCCGACCUCUUCUGUCCCAAAACCUUUUUGCUUGAUCCUUACCAACCGGUUGCCGCUUCCUCGUCUCGCCUACUUAGUCAAGGUCACAAGGAAGUGA